AUGGAAAAACUGAGACCCAGGGUGGUUAGUAAGACCCAGAAAGGGGCAGAACCUGGGUUUUGGCGUCGGGGGUCUGACUCCAGAACCAGCACACUUAGCUCAAGGACAAAGCUGCAGUUGUGGAGAAGUUUACGCGCUCUCUGGUUGUCUUCCAAUGCCCCAGCCAGCUCGGCUGAGGCCAAAGCCACACACACCUGCAUCCAGGGGCUUCCCCUGCCCUCCAUCCAUCACCAGGGCCCAGUGAUCUCACCUGUCCACGCCGGGCUUUUUGAUGUCUCAGUUCCGGAACAGAGAUGCUCUAGCUGCUACCGGGGAAGGCUCUGGCCCCCCAAAUAUUUAGUUAGCAGCCAUUCAGUUAAGUGGAAUUGA